AAAAGGAGGGGGGGAGCGACAGCGUGCGCGCGCAGGAGGCAACCAGUCCACACUCGCGCCCGUGGAAGAAGUGGACGCGGACGUUUGCGCGGGAGCGCCGCUUUUUUUUUGUUUCAGUUUGGGGGAAACAAAAAAAAAAAAACAAUCGGGAGGAAUGCUGCGAGAAUGAGAGGACACUUUAUCGCCAUGGCGGUGCUUUCUGUGGAAUUUUAAGGAGUCUCUCCCUACGCGCGAGAAAAGACAGAGAAAAGUGGCCGGGGGGACUUUAUAUCCAGCAUGCGGCGCCUUCCCACCCGGAGUGGGACUUGGGAAUACUGGACGUGGACGCUCGCCUGUCUCUUGUGGAUUCGACACGCGCACGGGAUGCCCCACGUCAUCCGAAUAGGUGGGAUAUUCGAGCAAACAGAUGGGCCCGUUUCGCUGGUCAGCCCCGAGGAGCUGGCUUUUAAAUUUGCAGUCAAUAACAUCAACAGGAACAGGACGUUAUUGCCCAACACCACGCUGACAUACGACAUACAGAGGAUUAAUAUCUACGACAGCUUCGAGGCGUCCAGAAAGGCAUGCGACCAGCUGUCUCUGGGCGUGGUGGCCAUCUUCGGCCCGUCACAUAGCUCCUCCUCCAAUGCCGUGCAGUCCAUCUGCAAUGCGCUGGAAGUACCGCACGUGCAAGUGCGGUGGAAGCACCACCCCAUGGACAACAGGGACACCUUUUACGCCAACCUGUACCCGGACUACUCGUCGCUGAGCUACGCCAUCCUGGACCUGGUGCAGUAUCUCAAAUGGAAGACCGCUACGGUGGUUUACGACGACAGCACAGGCCUUAUCAGACUGCAGGAACUGAUAAUGGCGCCGUCUCGGUACAACAUCAGGCUGAAGAUCCGACAGCUGCCCAUCGACACCCAGGACACCAGACCCCUCCUCAAGGAGAUGAAACGCAGCCGGGAAUUCCGCAUCAUCUUCGACUGCAGCCACCAGAUGGCCGCGCAGAUCCUCAAGCAGGCCCAGACCAUGGGGAUGAUGACCGAGUACUACCACUACAUCUUCACCACCCUGGAUCUGAUGGCCAUUGAUUUGGAGCCGUAUCGUUUCUGUGGCGUCAACAUGACCGGCUUCCGCAUCCUCAAUGUGGACAACCCCCUGGUGUCCUCCAUCGUGGAGAAGUGGUCCAUGGAGAGGCAGAUACCACCGAAACCGGACUCUGGCCUGUUGGAGGGCAUCAUGACGACAGAUGCGGCGCUGACGUACGACGCCGUCCACAUCGUGUCCGUCUCCUACCAACACGCCCCGCAGAUGACCGUCAACUCGCUGCAGUGCCACCGCCACAAACCCUGGAGGUUCGGCGGGCGCUUCAUGAGUUUCAUCAAAGAGUCCCACUGGGAAGGACUGACUGGAAGGCUGUCCUUCAACAAGACAACGGGUCUGCGUACCGAUUUCGACCUGGACAUCAUCAGCCUGAAGGAGGAUGGACUAGAAAAGGUCGGGAAGUGGAGUGUGUCGGGAGGCCUCAACAUCUCAGAAGUGUCCAAGCGAAAAGGGAUGAACAUCACAGAUUCCCUGGCCAACCGCUCCCUCGUCAUCACCACCAUCCUGGAGGAGCCAUACGUCAUGCUUAAGAAGUCCGACAAGGCGCUGGCCGGCAACGACCGCUUCGAAGGCUUCUGUAUCGACCUGCUGAAGGAGCUGGCCGCCGUCCUGGGCUUCACCUACGAGAUCCGACUGGUGGCCGACGGGAAGUACGGCUCUCAGGACGACAAGGGCCAGUGGAACGGGAUGAUACGGGAACUCAUCGAACACAGGGCAGACCUGUCAGUAGCCCCCCUCACCAUCACCUACAUGCGGGAGAAGGUGGUGGACUUCACCAAGCCCUUCAUGAGCAUGGGCAUCAGCAUCCUGUACCGCAAGCCCAACUCCACCAACAACGGCUUCUUCUCCUUCCUCAACCCCAUGACCCCCGACAUUUGGAUCUACAUCCUGCUGGCCUACCUGGGGGUCAGCUGCGUCCUCUUUGUCAUCGCAAGGUUCAGCCCGUACGAGUGGUACGACGCCCACCCCUGCAACCCGGGAUCAGACGUGGUGGAGAACAACUUCACGCUCCUGAACAGCUUCUGGUUCGGAGUGGGCUCCUUGAUGCAACAAGGCUCCGAACUGAUGCCCAAAGCCCUGUCCACCAGGAUCAUCGGCGGCAUCUGGUGGUUCUUCACGCUCAUCAUCAUCUCGUCCUACACGGCCAACCUGGCGGCGUUCCUCACCGUGGAGAGGAUGGACUCAGCGGUGGACUCGGCGGACGACAUCGCCAAGCAGACCAAGAUCGAGUACGGUGUGGUACGGGACGGAGCGACCAUGUCUUUCUUUAAGAAAUCCAAGGUGUCUACCUUCGAGAAGAUGUGGGCCUUCAUGAGCAGCAAGCCCAGCACCUCGCUGGUCAAGUCCAUCGAGGACGGCAUCCAACGAGUGCUCAAGUCCGACUACGCGCUCAUCAUGGAGUCCACCACCAUCGACUACAUCACCAGGCGCAACUGUAACCUGACGCAGGUGGGGGGCCUCAUCGACAGCAAAGGAUACGGCAUCGGCACCCCCCUCGGCUCGCCGUACAGGGACAAAAUCUCCAUCGCCAUCCUGAACAUCAUGGAGGACGGACGCCUCCACAUGCUGAAGGAGAAGUGGUGGAGUGGCAGCAGCUGUUCGGAUGACGAGCGCAGAGAGACGGGUCCCAUGGGCAUCCAGAACCUCGGCGGCAUAUUUAUCGUGCUGGCGUCCGGCCUGCUGCUCUCCGUCUUCGUGGCCGUCGCCGAAUUCGUCUACAAGCUGAGGAAGACGGCGGAGCGAGAGCAGGUCUUUGUGCAGCGCCAUGGUGGACGAGAUCAGACUGUCGUUCACCUGCGAGAGGCGGGCGAAGCACAGGCCGGCGCCGGCCCCCCCGGCCGCGGCGAAGACGGACGCGGUGAUCAACAUGCACGCCUACAACGACCGCCGUCUCCCCGGAAAGGACAGCCUGAGCUGCAGCGCUGGGAUGACCCCCGUCUUUCCGUGACCCUGCGCUCCCCGCAGGGCAAGAGCCUCCUGAGCAACGUGUCGGGGGCGGUGACCGAGACCAGAGACAACGGCAUCGACGGGAUCCUCCGCUUCACCAUGAACCACGGCGACAUGGGGACGCUGACCAAACACGGGCAACUCAAAGUGGCGGCGUCGGCCACGCAGGUAUGACGACGCCGCCCCGCAAAAAAAGACAUCAUCCCGCUGGGGGGGGAGGGGGGAGGGGAAUGUUAUUUUCAUCGCGUUCUACUCGGACGCUUAGGUUCGAGUCCGAUGUUUACGUGCGCUACGCAAGAAAACCCACGGCAAUGAAGAGAACAGGUAAUCGGCGGCAAGGCAAUAAACACAUGACCUACUUUCAAAUACUUGUGGGCGUUCGUACCUCGAGCAGACCGAUUCAGUUCCUAAAACACGCUUGUAACCGUCGAGGUGUGUCAUUUCACACAAACAAGCAAUCGACUGGCUCCGAGAUGUGGACCCUCCCCGACCUCGUGUGACUUGUACGCCUGUGGACCUGCGUCUCCUUCCGACACCUUCUAUUUGCCAAAGAUGUGCACACCUUAGCGAGUGUUCACACUGUACAAGAAUAUGCGGCGCAAACCAGAUUGUAGCCCGGAAAAAACAACAGACGGCGUCCCGUAGGAACGGGGAUCUUAUUACCUAUCUUUGUCUCUGUGGGUGAAGGUGGAUAUAAUGUUCCCGAUCAGCCCCAACAUCUAAACACUUCUUUCUAAUUCCAUUUUUGACAUUUUCUGAAAGUUUCGUCAAAAUCCGGCCUUAAAUUUUUGCGGAACAGAAGAAACAGAGUGCACACUGUUGUUUGUCUCUUUGGCGCUGCUAGCAUACACACGUAGAAAUGAUCCGGAUCAAGCCCAAAGUGAAUUCUGUUGUUCCUUAUCCAAUUUCUGACAUUUUCUGGAAGUUUCGUCAAAAUCCGGCCAUAACUUUUUGCGCUAUCUAUUGCAGAACAGAAGAAACAGAGCGCACACUGUUGUUUGUCUCUUCGGCGCUGCUACCAUACACAAGUAGAACUGAUGCGGAUCAAGCCCAAAGUAAAUUUUGUUGUUCCUUAUCCCAUUUCUGACAUUUUCAGGAUGUUUCCUCACAAUCCGGCCAUAACUUUUGGCGCUAACUAUUGCGGAACAGAAGAAACAGAGUGCACAGUCCUGCGGCUGUGCUAUCAUACACAUGUAAAAAUGAUCCGAAUCAAGCCCAAAAUAUAUUCUGUUGUUCCUUAUCCCAUUUCUGACAUUUUCUGAAAGUUUCGUCAAAAUCCGGCCAUAACUUUUUCCGGAACAGAAGAAACAGAGCGCACACUCUUAUUUUUCUCCGCGGCACUGCUAGCAUACACACAUAAAAAUGAUCCGAAUCAAGCCCAAAAUAUAUUAUUUUGUUCCUUAUCCCAUUUCUGACAUUUGCUGGAUGUUUCGUCACAAUCCGGCCAUAACUUUUGGCGCUAUCUAUUGCGGAACAGAAGAAACAGAGUGCACAGUCUUGUUUGUCCCUGCGGCUAUGUUAUCAUACACAUGUAAAAAUGAUCCGAAUCAAGCCCAAAAUAUAUUCUGUUGUUCCUUAUCCUAUUUAUGACAUUUUUUGAAAGUUUUGUCAAAAUCCGGCCAUAACUUUUUGUGGAACAGAAGAAACCGAGUGUACACUCUUGUUUGUCUCCAUGGCUCUCCUAGCAUACACACGUAGCAAUGAUCCGGAUGAAGCCCAAAAUAAAUUAUGUUGUUCCUUAUUCAAUUUCUGACAUUUUCUGGAAGUUUUGUCAAAAUCCUGCCAUAACUUUUGGCGCUAUCUAUUGCAGAACAGAAGAAACAAGAGUGCACAGUCCUGCUGCUGUGCUAUCAUACACAUGUAAAAAUGAUCCGAAUCAAGCCCAAAAUAUAUUCUGUUGUUCCUUAUCCCAUUUCUGACAUUUUCUGAAAGUUUCGUCAAAAUUCCGCCAUAACUUUUUCCGGAACAGAAGAAACAGAACGCACACUCUUAUUUUUCUCUGCGGCGCUGCUAGCA